CGUUUUCAUGACGUUUGUCAUUUCUAACGGUCAUGGCACACAUCAAUCUGUGAAUCAUCGGUGCCUUUUCGUAAAAAUCUACCCCAAAAGAGUCCUAGGAAAAGUAUGCAACACGUAGAUAAGCGUCUUCGGUGAGUCAUUUGCUCCGCCCGUGCCAAAAACAGAUUCGUGACUAAAAUAGCGUUUCAAAAUCUUGUUGCAUAAUAUACUAUUUUUUACUUUUCUUCUUCUCGAAUUCUUUGCUUGAAAUAUCUGGAAGGGGAUAACUUUUUGAGCAAAAAUUGCUUCGCUCCCUUUAAACGGAAAGAGGUUUCGGCGAUCUGUCAUUUGAAUUUUUUUUUGAUUUUCGUUCAUUUGCUGUCUUUCUUCUGAUAGUAUUUUUUUCCCGAAUUUUUGGGUGUAAAUUAGCGCAAAGCUUUUGUUUUAAUAAACUUAUAGGUUUAACCAUUAUGAAAAAUAACUCAUAAAAGUACAAACAUAACUUUAGGAAAUACUAGGUAUCGCACAGGAAAAAGUGCAAAAAAUGUUCACGAAGCAACUGCAGAACGUUCUAUAAAUAGUAUAUUCAAUCCGUCAACUAAUAAUUGCAGAUUAAAGUUUUGGGUUCCAAAUAUUGUAAAAAAAUGUCAAUGGACAAUCUGUUUAAAAACCUGUAAAUAAAACAAGUCAAUAAACAAUUUGUUUAAAAGAACUGUAUUUCAAUGUGUAACCUAUAUUAGCACUAAAUGCAUGAGAAGUGCACAGAAAUUAGUAUUAGAGAACACAUAAAUUAAUAUAACUAGUAUAAAUUGGAUUGCGACCAAACACUCAUUUCUCUCAUUUCUACUAAAUGUUUUUCUUAUAGCCAUAAGUUAUUAUAUGAGUAGUAAAAACAUUUUUGCAUAAUAUCGUUUAUUGUAUCAAUAUUGAAAAACAACCUUUGAAAAUAAAAUUCCCUCGGAAUAAUCACAGCCAUUUUCAGUUAACAAUUCAUUUUUAACAACAAUAUUUAUCCACUAAAAAUGCAUGCAGAAAUACAUAUAGAAAUUGCAUCGUAUAUACCGGUUUUAACUCGUUGUAUGUAUACCUUAACUGUUUCUUCACUAAGAAGAAAAUUGCUUCAUGAUUUCCAAUUUUAUAUCUUUGAUGAAGGUGCCAGUGUAUUAUUAACGUAGCCUUAUGUAUUUAUUUUACAUUGUGGCUUUGCUAAUUUGCUAUUUGCUACUCAUUCAAUAAAAUGGAUCUAUAUUAAACAAUCAACACCAAUUCUAGUUGAAUAAUUUAAUAUGUAUUUUCUUUUCUCUAUUUCUUUAUUUUUUCCAUUUGAUUAGAUUUACGAAGGCCAAAUUGAAUCGAAAGCAAUCCGGAUUAUUUCACUCCGAACAAGUGAAGUCGCAAUGUCCACACGCUUUGUCCUAAUAACACGAACUAAAAAUAUCGACCAUCUUGUCGGGACCAGUAAACAAUAGAUUAGAUAAUGGAUUUAAUUUGCCGAUAAAGUCAGUGUACCCUCAGUGUUUAUUGACCACUCAGUGAAGAGUUAUUACCAUAUAUCCCGUAACAAAAAUGUUGAUUUUCGCAUUUCUGACGAUUUAUUUCGCCGUAUAUUUGACGGAAUGUAAAAAACAAAAUCCGUCCAUUGUCAUCGUCGGCGCUGGAGCGUCCGGCAUCGCCGCUGCCACCAAAUUGUUAAAAAACAAUUACACCAACAUUAAAAUUCUCGAAGCUGAAGAUCGAAUUGGUGGUAGAAUUAAAAGCGUAAAAGUCGGAGAUUCUUAUGUGGAUCUCGGAGGGGAAUUCUACGAUGGCAGUAAAGACGAUGCCGUUUGGGAGAUGGUAAAAGAUCUUGGAAUAUUGAAAGACAGGAAUGUUGACUAUAAAAUAAUAUCGGAUGGGCAGGAAAUCGAUGACGAAAAUAAAGAGAAACUUAUUGCGUAUGUGAUUAGUUUUCAAGACGAAGAGGAGUGCCGCAAUUUGAGGUCGAUUGGCGAAUGCUUUGAGAAAACGUACGCUUCCUUACUACAGCGAAGUAAAUCGGAUAAAGAAACCAGGCUGCUCGAGAAAUCUAGAAUAUGGUUGAAAAAUUUUCUCUCCUUUAUAGGAAUGUCGACGAACAUUAACGACCAGCUUCUCAAGUCAUAUUCCAAACAGUCUAGUUCAUUGCAUUGGAACGGACACGGCUAUAAAACCGUUUUGGAUGUAAUGAUGCAGAAAUAUCCCGACAUAACAAAACAGCUACCGAUUGAUGACAAGAUUUUUCUAAACAAACGAGUCAUACACAUCAAGGGUUGGAAAAAUGAUACCAUUAAAAUAAAAACGGACGACGGUAGCAGAUACAAAGCGGAUCAUGUUAUAUUUACUACGUCCCUAGGGGUUCUAAAAGCUAAACAUGAGAGUAUAUUUCACCCGCCUUUGCCAGCAAACAAAAUUGCAGCUAUAAAAAAUAGCGGUUUCGGUUCUUUGGCAAAAGUAUUCGUAUUCUUUGAGCACGAGCUGGAUGUAAGAGGUACACUGCAUUGUGUGUGGAAUAAGCAGGAUUUGAAAUUAUUCAACUGGUUGAAAAAUUUGGUGUUUUUAAUUGUGGAUGAACGCAACCCGAAAAUCUUAAAUGGUUUUUAUGGUGGCAAAGGUGUCACCCUGAUCGACACCCUUUCGGACGAGGAAGUGUUCAAAGGGCAAAAAUAUUUGGUUAGUAAAUGUUUAACGCCAAAAUUCAAUGUCAGCGAACCUAUAAAAAUAUUGAGAACGAGUUGGUCUACAAAUACCAAUUUCCUCGGGGUGAACUCCUACGUUAGCGUCAAAGGGCGAUAUAACGAGAAACUAGCCGAAACUCUUGUCGCAACAGGAGGGAAACCAUCCAUCCUGUUCGCUGGAGAAGCUACGCACCCGUAUUACUAUUCAACUGUCCACGGAGCUGUGGAAAGUGGAUACAGGGAAGCUAAAAAAAUUAUCGAUUUUUACAAUACACCUUAAAGAAUGUACCAUUCACAAGUUAGAAUUUCGAGUAGACUAACUCAAAAAACUGGUAAAAAACGUGUUCUUAAUAUGUUCGCAUAAUAUACAUACUCCGAAAUAGAAAUAUCUUUCAGUUUUAUUUCAGUUAUAAUGUUACAUAAAAAAUAUUUUUAUCCAAAACAUAAUUGACGUAAGUAAAAACAAAGUAUUGAGAAAAUUACUAUUAUUAAUAAUAAUAAGAAAAUUGUCUCAUCUGCUUGUAUCUAUCAACGUUAUAUCUGAGUCAGAGGACAGCUCUCAAUUUGUGAAAACAACCUGCAUUAAAAUAAAUCAAGUCAAGCGAAUCAAAUCCGCCUUUAUUUAUAAUAUUAAUAAUAGUAAUAAUAAUAAUGAUAAUCUUUAUUUUCCAAAUUGACAAAUACAAUGUUUGUAUCGAAAAUCGUCAAAAAAAUCCUAAACUACAAACAGUAAAUAGACUAACU